AGAAAAUGAAACCGAAAGAGUAUAGGUCGUGUUUCACUUAUGAAUAUGGCUUCGAACUAUCAAGAGGAUUCGGAUGAAGGCAGCAACCAACAGUCUAGUGAAAGCUGCGCAGAAUUCAAUGACAGUGACACAGAUUCUGAGGCAGCCAGCGAUUCUGGCUCUGAAAGUGAAGAAGAUGCACAAACAUCUAGCAAGCGGAAUGUCUGUAUGAAUUACAAUCGGGGUCACUGCCGUUAUGGAGACAAGUGUAGGAAUGAGCACAUAUGCAAUGACUUCCUGAAGGAUUCGUGCGAGUUUGGUGCCGGGUGUCGUCUCAACCACAACGUUCAGAGUUCGUCGUCAAGACAAGGCAGAAAAAAGAGAAGCAGACCCUCAUUUGCAGAGACUGAUGAAGAAUUUGAUGGGCCCUACAAAUGGCAGUUGAAUAUUGGAAAGGGCUGGAAGAACAUUUCCAAUGAUCACAUUCUAGAAGCCCAGUAUUCACUCCCCAACAUCAAAGGAAUCAAGAUCUAUAACACCCAAGCUGGGGUUAUUUCUAUUGAUUUCACUAAAAUGAGAGUUCUUCAGAAAACAAAUAUUAAAGUGCGGCGUAUGAGCGCAAAAGAUACAGAAUGGCUGUGGUAUUACAGAGGUGACCACUGCUGGUAUCAGUAUGGAGAGAAGUUCAACCAAAACAUGUUCAGCCCUUCAACAAAUAAAACUCCAGAGUGGCAGUUUAAAGGGAAAGAUCAGUGGUACACCUACAAUAACACGCGUGGUUGUUCAGUCUCAAAUGCUGACAUUGAGCGGUGUUACCAACAAAACCAAACAACCAUGAAUUUUACUGUGAGCAGGGACAGUUACACUCUGGAUUUUGCAAAGAUGAGUCAAGUUAACCAGAAAACAAAGACCGAACGCAAGGUCAGGCGUGUGUAAAAGUAAAAAGGGCGCUCAAGGUCUUGCAGAAGAUGUUGGCUGAUACUCACGAUCCAAACAAACAAAUAAGCAUCGAAUCUGGGGUGGAUGUAAACACAACGAUAUUUAGUGAUUUUGGCUGAUAUGAAUGUUAGUGAUUGUGAUUUUGAAUGUUUUAUGCAGGAUUAUUGUUUUAUUUGGUAAACUGCCUGUGGAAAAUAGAAAUUCGAAGUCUUUAUUCAGGUAUUUUGACUGAUGUUAAGUUUAUAUGAAUUAUUUUAAAUGCUGCUUCCCACAUCAACUUGAAGACAAAUAUGAAACGUGCCUAUAGCAACCUGAAGCAUAUUUUUUGCUUUCUGUUUAUCUUAAAGAAAUUUUAAGAUACUUUAAACUGCUAUCAUUUUUGGUUAUUCUAUAAUUACUCUUACUAACCAAUGUGCCUGAACAAUACAGGCAUUAUACUGCAUCGUUUUGCUAGUAUUUACUCUAAGUGCCUGUUGGUAACUGCCUGAGAACCAAUGUUUACACACUGCAUGUGAAACUUUUUCCAGCUGAUCAGUUUCAUUUUCCAUCUUUAGCAUUUACAUACUCACAGACGUGCUCAAAGGAUAAAAAAAAAAUCAAGGAUACACACACUGUGUAAAUAUUGAGCAAUGUGCAAUACAAUCUACAAUAUCAUCCAAUGCACGAUGCAGCAUAUUUUUACAUUACAAUAUGCAAAAUGUACAAUGAAUCAAUGUUGCAUCAAAUGAUUAAUUAUGACAUUAUGAACAAUCAUUUGGGUGAACCUGUGUUUACUGGGGGUUUUAAUUACAAACUGAACUGCUUACUUGGGUAACAACAUGCUAUGCAAAGUGUCUGUAGUGUCAUAUGGAUGCCUUUAUAUGCAAUAAUUGAUGAAAAAUAAAAUGAUAAA